CGAGGAAAUCGCCUCUUGAUUGCGGAAGUCGGCGGGAAGGGCUCCGGCAGAGUCAGCCCGGGUCAGAAUGGCAGCGUGGGAAGCGGCGGCCGCCUCCCCCGCCUCCUCCGCUCCUCCUCAGCCGCGGGCAGCCCCCCCACCCCCACCCCACCCCGGUGGCAGGGAGGCGGCGAGGAAGCCGGGGCAGCCCCGAGCCGCAUGCAGCAAGCGGGCGGCCCGGCAGAGGGCUCGGCGGCCGCCGCGCGGAGCCCGGCGGGGAGCGGGGGGCCCCCGGGGCCCGCCGCGGCCACUUCGCUUCUUCGUACCCCCCCCCCCCCGCACCCACCCCCGCCGCCUCCCUUCCCCUCUUCCCCUCCCCGCGAGGGUUUUCGGUGUUAAAAACUGUCGGCGAUGCUCAGCUAUGGAGCGGGAUUCGCCCUGUGGACGGCGCUGGCCCUGACCAAGGCCGCGCCGGGGGAGGCGGCGGGAUGCAGCGCCAACCUGACGGAGCGUCGCGUCGCCGGGCAGAGCGUCCGGCUGCGGUGGGGAGCCGCGGGCCGAGCCUGCAACUUCAGCCUGAGCGGGCGCUCGGAGGACGGGGAGGCGGCCGGCUGCCAGCCCGCCCCCACGGGCAACGGCUCCUACGGCUGCACCCUGCGGGGCCUGGAGGCCGGGACCUGGUACCAGCUCCGCAUCGAGCCGUUCGCCGACGGGGAGGCUGUCAACAUCUCCGUGCAGACAGAUCCCCUACCACCGCCUCGUUUUGAAAUUAAUAAGCAAAAAACUACACUCACAAGCUUGCAGGUUCAGUGGGAUCCUUCCUCAGGAAAGGUGGACUUGUAUAACCUAAUAUUAUUUGAUCAUGAUAAUAAAAAGAUACAAGAAGUCUCUGUACCAGGAAGAAUUCCAAAAACAGAAAAUACUUUUUCCAGUCUGAUCCCUGGGAAUACAUACAACAUUGUCCUCAGUGCAAUUGCUGGAAAUAAGAGUACCCCAGAACUUCACAUAAGUGGAUCAACUGUGCCAUCCCCUGUGAAGAAUAUUCAGGUCAGCGUCAAGACAGACACUAUCCAUGCUUCAUGGUCUCCUGGCUCUGGGCACGUGGAUCGUUACAGGCUGGUGUUACUGGAUAAUCAUGUCCCAGUUCAUGAGAUUCACCAAGAAGAUCCUUUGACCUCCUAUACUUUUUCAGGACUUACAGCAGGCCACCUCUAUAACCUCUCUAUCAUAACCCAGGCUGCAGGAUUGGAGAGCAGCAGUUCUCAAACAGUCAGGACAGCCCCAGCUGAAGUCUUAGAUUUGACAGUGACUAACGAUGACAGCCUAGAUGCUUUAAAAGUUAAGUGGAGAAGACCUUCAGGAAACCUCAAUUUCUAUAAUAUCACUCUGUCUCAUCUUGGAUCAGUUAAAGAAGUCAAAACUCUACAGCCACCGGUCACAGAGACUCACUUUGACAAGCUAACUCCAGGACGUCUUUAUCAGGUUACUGCCCGCACAAUCAGUGGUGAACUGUUUACUGAUCGGAUGGCAACCGGCAGGACGUUUCCCCAGAAAGUUUCUGAGCUGAAAGCUGGUGGCGGUGGCUGGCUGAGGUCUCUGCGAGUGAACUGGCUGCCCCCUGCGGGAGACUGGGAGAGGUACCGCCUGCUCCUCUGGAACCGCUCGGCCCUGCUGCUCAACACCACCCUGGAGAAGGACACCACGGAAUACCUCAUCCAUGACCUGGGCCUCAUCCCGGGGAGGCAGUACGGCGUGGACGUCGUCGUGGAGAGUGGCGAUUUGCAGAGCAAGACCAGCUGUACGGGCAGAACAGCUCCGGAGCCUGUUCUCCAGCUCCGUGUGAAGCAUGCUAAUGAAUCUUCACUUAGUGUCAUGUGGAUGACCCCUGCUGCGGAAUGGGACAGCUAUGUAGUUUCGCUGGGAGACAGGGAUCUAACUGUCAUAAAAAAAGGGCUUGCAAAAGAAGCUAAGGAAUUCACUUUCACUGACUUGGUACCUGGAAGAAGAUACACAGCUACCGUCACUACCAUUAGUGGGAUUUUAAGCAACUGGACUUCAGUGGAAGGAAGAACAGUGCCAGCCCAAGUGACUGGUCUGACUGUGGCAAGUCAGGGAUCAACCAACAGCUUGUUCACUAACUGGACAAGAGCGCUGGGAGAUGUAGACUCAUACCAAGUGCUACUGAUUCACGAGAACGUUGUUAUUAAAAAUGAGACUGUUCCCAGUGAAACCAACAGAUACCACUUCUAUCCCCUGAAACCUGGAGGACUCUAUUCAGUUGUUGUCACCACCGUCAGCGGGGGGAUAUCUUCAAGGCAAACAAUCGCAGAGGGGAGGACAGUUCCUUCCAGCGUGACUGGAGUAACAGUAAAUAACUCAGGUCGCAGUGACUACCUCAGUGUUUCUUGGCUGCCAGCUUCUGGAGAUGUAGACAGUUAUUUGGUAACACUCUCUCACGAUGGCCAGAUUGUUCAGACUCUCACCAUUUCCAAAUCCUUCAGUGAAUGCUCCUUCAGCAGCCUUACUCCUGGGACACUUUACAAUGUGAUGAUAACCACGAAGAGUGGGAAGUAUGAAAACUAUUCCUUCAGCCAGGAACGAACAGUCCCUUCAGGUGUUCAGGGACUUACUGUCAGCAAUUCAGCCAGAAGUGACUACUUGAAGGUGUCCUGGUUACAUGCCUCUGGAUAUUUUGAUAAUUAUGAAGUGAUCAUCAAGAACAACAAUGACUUCAUUCAAACAAAAACUGUCCCAAAGGAUGAAAAUGAAUGCGUGUUCACUAAUCUGGUCCCAGGGAGGCAGUACAGUGUCACGGUCAUCACAAGGAGUGGGAAAUAUGAAACUAGUGAAAGGGUCUAUGGCAGAACAAUGCCAGAGUCAGUGAAGGAGCUGACUCUUAGUAACAGGAGUACAGAAGAUCUGCAGGUAACUUGGUCAAAGGCUGAGGGAGAUGUUGAUAAAUACGAGAUUCAGCUCCUCUUCAAUGAUAUGAAGAUCUUCCCACCCAUUUUCCUUGGGAACACCAUUGAGGAGUAUUGGUUCACAGCUCUGACUCCAGGACGUCUAUACAAAAUUCUUGUCUUGACCAUCAGUGGAGAUGCACAACGUGCUACUUUCAUAGAAGGCCUGACAAUUCCAAGUGUGGUCAGAAAUAUUCAUGUGUCACCUAACGGCAUGACAAACAGCCUGAAAGUGAGCUGGACUCCUGGAGGUGGAGAUGUUGAUUCCUACACAGUGACUAUAUUUCAGCAAAACCAUCAGCUUGAUUCCCAGAGUGUCUCCAAACACGUCUCUGAGCACAUGUUUCACAAGUUGGAAGCUGGGGAGCAGUACCGAGUGGUGGUGCAAUCUAACAGUGGCACCUUGCACAACAGCUUAGCAGCUUUUGGGAGAACACUUCCAGCCUCUGUCCAGGAAUUAUUAGCCCAUCAUGCUUACAGCAGUCAUUCCUUGUUAGUAACCUGGCAGAAAGCUCCUGGUGUAGCUGAAAGGUAUGACAUUCUGCUCUUGAAUGAGCAAGGAGUCCUCCUGAGCAACAAAUCAGAGCCAGCUACUGCCAAACAGCACAAAUUUGAAGAUUUAUUAGCCGGCAAGAAGUAUAAAAUACAAGUUUUGACAGUCAGUGGCGGGCUCUUCAGUAAACGAGCAGAAACUGUUGGCCGAACAGUUCCAGCAGCUGUCACAGAUCUGAAGGUCACAGAGAACACCACUGACCGACUGUCCUUCAGCUGGACCACGUCACAAGGGGAGCUUGAUUCAUAUGACAUCUUCCUAUACAACCCAGACAAGUCCCUUCAUGACAGGAUUUCAGGAGAGCAGCACCUCCAGCAGUGUUCGUUCCAGAACCUGCGGCAAGGCAGGAUGUAUCGAAUGGUGAUUGUUACCCACAGCGGAGACCUCACUAAUGAGUCAUCUGUCUUUGGAAGAACAGUACCAGCCCCAGUUGUUGGUCUUAAGGCAUCCAACCGAAACAUGACAGACAGUCUGUGGUUCACCUGGGGUCCAGCAGCAGGAGAUGUUGACUUCUAUGAGCUGAAUCUUUACAACCCAAAUGGGACACAGAAAGAAACAUGGCACAGGAAAGACCUGAAAGAGUGGCAUUUCCAGGGGCUCAUUCCUGGCAGAAAGUACACUCUAGUUGUAGUGACUCACAGUGGUGACCUGACCAACACAGCAAAUGCUGAAGGAAGAACAGCACCCAGCCCUCCUAACACUGUAUCGUUUACUGAUGUUGCAAACACUUCUUUAUCAAUCACGUGGCUGGGUCCUCCAGACUGGACAGACUAUGAUGAUUUUGAGUUGCAGUGGCUUCCAAAGGAUCCCCUCACAGUAUUCAAUCCCUACAGCAGCAGCAAAUCUAAAGUACGCAUCAUCUAUGGCCUGCGACCAGGAAGACUGUAUGAGUUCAGUGUCAGAACUGUCAGUGGCGACAGCUGGAAGACAUACAGUCAGUCACAGUCUGCAAGUGUAAGAACGAAACCAGACAAGAUACAAAGUCUUCAUUGUCGGCCCCAGACCUCUACUGCCAUUGCGUGUUCCUGGACUCCUCCUGAUUCUGACUUUGAUGGGUAUAGCGUCGAAUGCAAAAAAAUGGACACUCGUGAAGUGGAAUUUUCUAAAAGGAUAGAAAAAGACAAAUCUCUGCUUAAUAUCAUGACUCUGGUUCCCCACAAGCGAUACCUCGUGUCCAUUAAGGUGCAUUCUGCAGACAUGACGAGUGAAGUAGUUGAAGACAGCACCAUCACAAUGAUUGACCGUCCUCCUCAGCCACCUCCAGACAUACGAGUGAACAAAAAAGAGGUGCUGAUUACCAAAUCCUCCAUCAACUUUACUUUUAACUGCAGCUGGUUUAGUGAUACUAACGGAGCUGUGAAGUACUUUACUGUGGUUGUGAGAGAGGCUGAUGGUAGUGAAGGACCAAAGCCUGAUGAGCAGCACCCAUUACCUUCCUACCUGGAGUACAAACACAAUGACUCCAUACGCAUCUACCAGACAAAUUAUUUUGCCAGUAGAUGUGCUGAAAACCCUGACAGUGACUAUAAAAGCUUUGACAUUAAGCUUGGAGGAGAAAUGGAAAAUCUGGGAGGAAGGUGUGAUCCAGAUCAGCAAAAAUUCUGCGAUGGACCCCUAAAGCCUCGGACUGCUUAUAGGAUCAGCAUACGGGCUUUUACACAGCUCUUCAGUGAAGACCCAAAGGAACUCCCUAAACCGCUCUUUACAGACACCUUCUUCUCUUUACCGAUCACUACAGAGGCAGAGCCUCUGUUUGGAAUUAUUGAAGGUGUGAGUGCUGGCUUGUUUCUGAUUGUGAUGUUAGUGGCUGUUACUGCUUUAUUUGUCUGCAGACAAAAAGUUAGCAAUGGCCACGAGAGACCUACAGCAAGGCUGAGCAUUCGCAGGGACAGGCCACUGUCAGUCCAUCUGAACUUGGGCCAAAAAGGGAACCGGAAAACUUCCAGUCCGAUCAAAGUCAGUCAUUUUGAAGCACACUUCACCAAACUUCAAGCAGACUCCAACUACCUCCUGUCCAAGGAGUAUGAGGACUUGAAAGAUGUGGGUCGAAACCAGACAUGUGACAUAGCGCUUCUGCCAGAGAACAGAGGGAAGAAUCGAUACAAUAAUAUAUUGCCCUAUGACACAUCAAGAGUGAAGCUUUCCAAUGUGGACGAUGACCCUUGCUCAGACUACAUUAAUGCAAGCUACAUACCAGGCAAUAAUUUCCGCAGGGAAUACAUAGCGACUCAGGGCCCUUUGCCUGGCACCAAAGAUGAGUUCUGGAAGAUGGCAUGGGAGCAAAAUGUUCACAAUAUUGUCAUGGUAACCCAGUGCGUUGAGAAGGGCCGGGUGAAGUGUGAUCACUACUGGCCCCUUGACCAGGAUUCCUUGUACUAUGGAGACCUAAUCGUUGAGAUGCUGUCUGAAUCCGUGCUCCCAGAAUGGACAAUACGAGAGUUUAAAAUCUGCAGUGAAGAGCAGCUUGACUCAACAAGGCUCAUUCGUCACUUCCACUACACUGUCUGGCCAGAUCAUGGUGUGCCAGAGACCACCCAGUCCCUGAUCCAGUUUGUCAGAACUGUAAGGGAUUAUAUCAACAGGACCCCAGACACAGGACCAACUAUUGUGCACUGCAGUGCUGGUGUUGGCAGGACUGGCACAUUCAUUGCACUGGACCGAAUUCUGCAGCAGCUGGAUUCAAAGGACACUGUCGACAUUUAUGCAGCAGUACAUGAUCUAAGGCUUCACCGGGUUCACAUGGUUCAGACAGAGUGUCAAUAUGUGUAUCUACAUCAAUGUGUGAGAGAUGUGUUAAGAGCCAGAAAACUUCGCGGUGAACAAGAAAAUCCCUUGUUUCCAAUAUAUGAAAAUGUGAAUCCAGAGUAUCACAGAGAUGCUGUUUAUUCAAGGCACUAAGAAUGUUACAGACACCUGCUUUUGUGACCACAUUUGUUAACUAGGGGUUUUGUUUGGGUUUUUUUAUGUAUGUAUUUCAUGCACUAGAAAGGUGCCAGACCUUUCUGUUGAGACUGUGUAUAAUUUAUUGGUCUGGUGAUUUUUUUAAAGAUAUAUAAUUUAAGUGUAAUAGAUAUUAAUGUAUAUAGUUGUAUUUUGGCAUUAUGUAAAUAUGUAUUUUUUCUGUAUUGUUUAUAUUAAUAUUAAGCUUCAGAUAAUAGUAUUUUUUUCUUAUCACAGUUUUUAUGAACUGUUCUACAUAAACUAUUUUAAAUUGUAUGGCUAACAGGACUGCUGCGUUUAGGGCAGUAUUAGCAUAUAACACACAGGAAAAAUCCUAUAAGAGGAGAACCUCAUUUUUUUUAACUAGUUCAGUGUUUGUGAGAUGAAAUAAGCUACUAUUAAGCAAGGGAACAGUAGUCCUGUAUAGGAAUUACAAUGCUACUCUACAGUUUAAACUUACUGCUUUUGAUCUGACAAAAAUGGGUAUAACCCAUAACACAAUGGCAUACCUUUUACAGAACUCAUUAACAGCCGAGCAAAACAGGGUCCACCUCACUAGAAGCAACUGUUUCAGUCUAAUGUGACAUACAUAGUAGAGAAAUAUCAAACAACAUAUGCUGCCAUGAAGUCUAGCAGACCUUUCCCCCCCUACAUGGUUUGAGGGGAGACAGGUCACAUAUUCUGAUUUCUUUACACUGGUUUAAGAGAGCAGAAUCAGACCACAGCCUGUGUCUGUGCAUUUUCACGUGCAUAUAGUUAUAAUAAGAAAGGUGUUCAAGGAAACGCCUCAGAUGACAUACAUGUUAACAAACAGACCUGUAAGGAUGUGAAGUCUGGCAGCUUCCAUAGCUCAUUAAAAACAAUGCUGUACCAUGCUAAAAAAGUACAGAGAUUAUAAACGUAUUGAAAUAAAGACAUAUAAAGGUAUAUAUCCCACAGUUUACACAACUGGCUUUGGCCUUAAGCUGCUUGCGGCAUAGCUUCCUUGGCCCAAGUGUUGGUCUCCUUUGAAUGCCACUUGCUUUUGCAAAGGGCAAGCAUGGCCCCAGCAUGUCUGCAUAGAAAGACUCCUGCACUUAGGUGUUGCCUGAUGUCACCACCACAAAGGCAGUUGGAAUAGAAAAAGGCUCAUCAGUAAAUAGAGGGAUGUAGGCUGGCAGGGCUGUGCUAAUCAUUGGAUGACUCAAAGCAUUUAGUGAUUAGCAAGAAGUACAAUCGAAGAGCACUCAGCAGGUAUCCUGCCCAGCCAAGUGGAUUAGGCACAUCCUCUCUCCUCUGCAAAGAGGCUUCUCAUUCAAGGGACUGAACACUCUGUUCAGCUAUUCUUUGUCUUUAUAAAAUGCUCUUCAAACAAAUAGAGAAGAGGCAGUACACAGUUCUCCAUCACAAAAAGAAGGAAGGGCUUGAUAGUUCUCAUUUCGUGUAUCUACCCAUACUUUACCUAGAGAAAACUUAGCCUGCUGCUGAAGACAAGUGCCUAAAUUCCACUUUUAUUUUGGAGAUAAAUAAAUAUUUCUGAAGGCCUUCUGAGAACCAGCCAGUACACCUAAGUGCCUAACUGAUGAACUGCUGUGGCCCUGGGCCAAGACUAUUGUGAUUUCACUAUGGUAUAUUGGAGCCGCACUCUCCUUGUGGUAGGAACACCAUAGCACUGAUGGCUGAAGAAAUCUGCUAGGCAGCUCUGACGUAGUUUUCUUAGAUCGUUCCAAAGCAGAACCAGCAGGACUAUGCACACCCAUGUCACUCUGUUUUUUCUAGAGAGCAGCAAACAGCCUGAUGGUCACUCUUCCUUCCUGCUCCAUCUGGAGUCUCAUCCUUUCUUGACCAAAUACACUUGCGUGCCUCAGAAUCAUAGAAUCAUUUAGGUUGGAAAAGACCUUCAAGAUCAUCAAGUCCUACCAUCAUCCAUGCCCACUAAACCAUGUUAUGGAGUACCCCGUCUAUGUGCUUUUUGAAUACCUCCAGGGAUGGUGACUCAACCACUUCCCUGGG